AUACGAAUAAAUAUCAAAUUAUCAAAGAAAAAUAUCUGGUUGUAAAAUAUUCAUAAAAUAUAAAAAGUUUAAUUCUUAUCUAAACAGAAUGUAAUCGAGUAGUGUGUAUUCUUAGCAAGUUUUUUCCCUUUAAAUGAAAAAUAUAAUUGUUGCUAUAUCUCAUUUGUUAUUGUUCUUUAGGCAAUGGUUGUUGUAAGUGCUAGUUGGAUGAAAAAUGUCGCAACUUACCCACCCCCUAUUAUUAACACUGAUAUAGUACUACCUAAUGAGAAAAGAAUGGCAAAAGCAAUUUUAAUUUGUCGUCCUAAUUCUCAUCAUUUUCAAGAACGUACACUAACUCUUGAUCAGCCUGUUAAAGUAGGCCGAUCUGUAGCUAGAGCAAAACCCACUUCAACAAAUGCCAUUUUUGAUUGCAAGGUGCUUUCGCGUCAUCAUGCUUUGCUAUGGUACGAAGAUGGAAAAUUUUAUUUGCAGGACACAAAAAGUAGUAAUGGAACAUUUGUAAAUAAUAAUAAGUUGCCAGCUGAAACUGAAAAUCACGAACUGAGUUCAGGAGACAUAGUACAGUUUGGAGUGGAUGUUGUAGAAAAUAAUAGAAAAGUAACUCAUGGGUGUAUUAUUGCAACAAUUAAACUUUAUUUACCUGACGGAAAAGAAGCCAAAGCGAGUCCUAGUAUUACAGAUAGUGGUCGUCAUGGAAUAGUACCUUUAGAUGAUUUAUAUAGAUUGAAUCAAAUAAUUCAGGAGGCAAAUCAAAGAGAACAAUACCUUGAAACUAAACUCACUGCCUUACAACAAAUUGUAGAUGAUACACGAAAGUCUACUGAAGAAAGCUGGCAAGCUUAUGUAGGAGAAGAACGUCUACUAUCUAGGGUAUCUGCAUUAGAAAACCAGUUGCAACAAGUCAACAAAAAUUGGGGUGAAGACAGACUUAGGGAAGAACUUGUUAAAUUGAGAGAAGACAAUGAAGCAUAUCAAGUAGCUGCUAAAGAAACUCUGGAAAAGUUGCAUGCUGAAAGACUUCAGGCUGUGGCUUUAGCAAUGGAACAAGAAAGGGCCAGAAUAGCUGCUGAACAAGAAACUUUUCUUGCUAAAGAACAAUUUACACAAGCUCAACUAGAAUUAGAGGAAGUUGCACAAAAAUUUGCUGCGCAGCAGAAAAAGGCUGAGGAACAACGAAUUAAAUUAGAGCAACACGAACAAGAAUUAGAAGCUAGACUUGAAAUGGAAUCAGAGAAAGUAUUAGAUUUGCAACUGAAGUUACAUGAGUUAAGUGCAGUAACAGUUCAAGAUAUCCAGACAUUACAAGAUACUGAAGGGAAACAUAAUUUGUUAUAUGAUCAUGUCAAGUCAAAGGAAGAAAUUUUGGCUGAAAACGAAUUUACCGAUGCAGUUUUAAAUAAAUCCAAUGGCAUCAAUAAUCAUAUAAGUCUAAUGGUACACCCAGUUUUAGAAGAAAACGAAUCUGAUUUAACAUCUGAUAAGAAAUGUAAAUCAGAUCCAAAUGAAUUUUGCCAAAACAAUGAUAUGCAAGAAGAUACCAAAAGACUUAGUGUCAAAAUGCCAGAUGACUCUGACAAGGAAAGCGACAUUAAUGAGCUUGAGGAUGUUUCCGAAAAUUGUAUGGAUUAUUAUGAGAAAGACAUCUAUGGUUCUGAACAUGUCGAUUCCAAAACUUUAAAAUACCAAUUUCAGUCAGCCCAAAAUGAACUAAGGAAGAAAAUCGAAUUACUAGAAUCAAUUUCAAAUGGAAACAAACAAAAAAUUGCUGAACUAGACAAGGCUUUACAUGAAGAAAAAAAUUUUUCUCAUCAGAAACUAAUUGAAAAUGAAGAUCUAAAACAAAAACUGAUCCUUUUACGACAACAAUGGAAAGAAAGUUGUAAUGAAAAUCAGCAGUAUAAAGAUAAAAUUAUGCACUUGAUAAAAGAUUUAGAAACGGCUCAAGAAAAAUUGAAGGAAGUUAAUUAUAAUGUAAAAAAACAUAAAAUUGAACAAAAUACUUUAGAUAUAUCAACCGUAUCAAAUAAUAUUGUCACAUAUGAUCAACUAAUAAAUUUAGAAGAAGAACUAGUCCUUUUAAAAGAACGAUUUGCACAAGUUAGUGAGGAAAAAGUUAAACUGCAACGUGAUUUAUUAAUGAUGACUGAAAAAUAUAAUAUGAUCUGCAAUCGUUCUUAUAAUAAAUAUUUUUUCUAUGUUGCACCACUCGUAUUUAUGGUCUUAUAUUUAUUGAUAAGCGCUGUGAUUUCCUGAUUAACAGCUGUUCUUUUACUAUUUUUUUAUUUCUUUCUAGAAUUUUUGUUAUAUAUUAUUAAUGAAGCACAGUGAUUAUUAGAGAAUAUAUGAUUAUACUACUAAAAUGUCAAAUAUAAUUAUAAAUUGAGUUUGAACAGUGUAGAAAGCAAAGUAGUUCAAUGACUUGAAAUAAAAUUUGUAAUAUUGAUUCAAUUUUAUGUCUUGUUCAUAAAGGUACUAGUAAAAAUAAUGAUAAAUAAAAUUAACAAGUUUUAUUAUUAAUCUAAACUCUAUUAAAUAAAUUUAGAAGUUUAAGGGCAAGUGCAUCUUAGAGUUGAAUUCAGUUAACAUCUAAAAUUAUCUACAUAUUUGUUAUUAUUAACAAUUUUAUUUAUAAACAUAUUUUGUAAAUAAAAUUUAAAUUAUAAUUUACGUUUUAAUGAAUAAAUUUUCAUUUUUCCAUCAACAAAUUCUCGAAUAAUUUAAUAUUCCAAAUAUUGUUUCUUAAUACAUAGUAAUAUCUCUAUAAUUAUACGCAUUCAUCUAAUUUGGCCUAAACAAACAAAAUAUCUUUUCUAUUUCUGUAUAUCUAUUUCCCCAUAUUGAUUUUCUUAAAAGUUAUCACAAAUGUAUUUUGUGAUGGACAUGUAGAAAUAUUUAUGAAAUUUAAAUUUGUCUUUAAAAACAACAUAAAUACAAUAUUAUUAACUUUAUCGUUA